CUGCUUAACUUCGCAGAGCAGACGGGAUACGGUGCUUUCAGCCUAAGAUGGCCGUCUACACCAACUACCGCUAUUCAUACCCGACACUCACACACACUUAAGGGGUAUAUGUGGACACCCCCAGGUGGACACAGGUGGACACAGACGGGCUAAACGUCCCUGGCAACCCCCCAAAGUCGGGGCUGGCUGGGUGCGUGGAUGGCUACAUUUUGUGUACCCAUUUCGAACAGAGGUACGCUACACCACCCAAUGUGCGCCACACGAGGGGGGAUUGAGGGAGCGCCACCUUCCGCCAUCACCUCCAUCUUCACCCCCAUCACCUUCCUCCAUCCACGCUCAUCACCUUCCUCCAUCUUCACCUCCAUAUCCAGCGCUUCCUCGCCGUCACCUCGCCGUCACCUUCUCCAUAUUCGCGGCGCUUCCUCGCGCUUCCUGCCUAAUGUUAGUCCCAUACAAAACCACGCAAAACCCCAUACAAUUAAAACAGCGCCAACACUUAGCGAUUUUUCGCAAAGUCUUUUGCUUCAUUUACCAUACUUUAUCCUAGUCUAUUUCUACGUCUUCUACGCCUACGCUAGCUACUUAUGACCCGUUUCUGCUACACUCUCAGCACGCCAAAGGCCCCCCGGACUUAGCCGAAGACCCCCCGACGCCGCUGGCACUUUGCGGUUUUCGCGCAAAGUACUUCCCGCCUAAGACUUUGGUCGACCAAAGAACUUGGUGAGGAAAAGAGGUUAACAGAGUUAGGCAGCCCGCCAUGCCGAUCUACUACCGACUUGGCUCCUUUCGCCGCCCCAUUAGCGAAAGUAAAUCACUUUAGUUUUGUCAGCCUGUACGGUCGGCUGUUUGGUUUAUAUGUUUUUGCGGUUGGAGGGGGGGGGAGAAAUGUUCAUUUCUGAACAAAUCAAUAGAACAAGGGCUAAAUCUCAGCAGAUCGUAGUACAAGACUACUCUCAUGCUUACAACACCCCGUUCUGUAGUUAAGUCGUCUACAAAGGAUUUAUCUUUCCCAAUAUUUGAAAUUACAAGUCAGCCUACUCUCCACCGCCAGCACUUGACAGGCAGCGGAGUGCGUUGCAAUUGUAUGAUGUUGGGUGCCCAGAAGACACCUAUCGCUAUUCGCGGCACAUCGGGAAAGGUGAUUAUCGUCUAUUCCAGCAUGGAUUCUGACUUAGAGGCGUUCAGCC